AUGGAGCCUCUGAAAUUUGUGAGACUGCUUCCAGUCGACGAAGCUCUCAGCGUUGCGCCAGAGGUGCUCGAAGAAUUUGUCAAGGAGAACUACGACAAGAAACACGAAACAUUGCUCAUCGACAAUAUCCCCGACUGGGAACAUGUGUCUCAGGAAAAGAGGGACCUCCUGGACGAUAAACUGCAAGCGGCCAUGCGGAAAGCCAUAACCCAUUCAGUUGAUCCCGAAGACCUCGCUGCACGACUGGCCCAAGUACCUUCAGAAAGAGGCUCACCGAUACCACGUAUGUGCCCCUCGGCAUCACCAGAAGAUUAUGAGUUCGAAGCACCGGUUGGGCCGCAAGAGUAUCAAGCCAGGUGCUAUGAAGCUCUUCUCGAAGAGGGCGGCCGGCCACUGUUCGACAUUGAACUUCUUCCGCAAAUCGCGGCAAACGUGGACAAAUAUUACGACCUACUAUGGCCGUGGAGACUGUAUCCAGAUGCACCGCACCCUACCGACUGGGAAGUGUUCCAUAGGCAGCUAUUUCGCUGGCAAGAGUUUCGCGUGUCGCAGCUAUGGCAUAGAGGACGCAUCCUUGGAUUUCCAGAGUAUCUCGACCAGCAACGCCGCCACGAACAGAUGCUGGGGGAAGCUGACACGUCUAGACGCGGGGCUGAAUACGAACAGGUGCGGCGCAGACUAUGGGAGCGCGAACAUGGCCAAUCGCAGCCACCGCGAUGUGAUACCGAGGAUGAAGCGAAGGAUGCCAUUCUCAAGUAUAAUAGCGCUAUGAAGAAGCUUCUUGAACACUACGGAUUUGUCCAACCGUUCCAGCUGUAUCUUGACAUGGAACAGCAAGACCAGUGGACAACGUUUGUCGAAUAUCUCGGGUUCAAGUGCUUUGACCUCCACCUACUUAGCCGAUCUACGCAGGGGAUGCGCCCAGAGCCUGCAGCUGAGCGGGAGGGAUCUGCAAAGGCAGAAGUGAUGGCGACUUCUGCUAAAAGUACCACAUCUCAGCAUAAGCGAGCCUAUGAACCCGAGGGAGACGCGACAGCGACUGACUACCAGAAAGAGACACAUGAACAGACAGCAAAAAAACAGAAGCAGUCCGAGACGCGGGUUAAUCAGGGACAGGCAGAACAAGAACAAAGGAUCCCGCAACCAGAUCCAGCUCACUCCAGAGCUGCUCGUGAUCGCGAGCAGAAAUAUCAGGAGGCCAAGGCAAGAGUGACCUACCAUCAACAUCGAGUUGAGUGGAUUCGGUCCGAAAUAAGCAAAAUUGAGGCAGAACAAAGGUCAAAAGAGGCAAAGAGUUGCGAAGGGAAGCCAGCAAGCGAAGCCACCACGGACGCGUCAAUUGUGGAAUCCGGGCCAACUGACGAGGAGAAGAUGUCAAACCGCAAGAACGAUGACUCGUCGACAGCUCAGGUCGUAGAACCCAACGUUCAAGGGGACAAAGAUGUCUCAGAGGAUGAAUCCGUUCCAGAGGAUAAAGAUAUCUCUGCUGUCCCAGAGGACGAAGCUGUCCCAGAGGCUGAAGCUGUCCCAAAAGACAAAGAUGUCUCUGAUGACAAAGAUGUCUUUGAUGACAAAGCUGUCCCAGAGGCUGAAGCUGUCCCAGAGGCUGAAGCUGUCCCAGAGGCUGAAGCUGUCCCAGAGGCUGAAGCUGUCCCAGAGGCUGAAGCUGUCCCAAAAGACAAAGAUGUCUCUGAUGACAAAGCUGUCCCAGAGGCUGAAGCUAUCCCAGAGGCUGAAGCUGUCUCAGAAGAUGAAGUUGUUCCAGAGCCACGUGUCAAGACAAGUAACAAGCCAUCUGCUGAGAAUCCUAGCUUUGUCGAGAGCAAGGAUGUAUCAACGGGAUUCCACGAGAAAGACAGCGAUGUAGAUCUGGAGAGUACGGCGAUUGUUUCAGCUCAAGUCAGUCCGGCACCCAUGGGCAAUUCUCACGAGACUUGCAAGGAUGAACCGAACACUCUGCAACCGAUUUUGCAACAGAGUGCAAAUGAGGAUGUGGCUGCCACCGCUUCUACAUCGUCAGAGGUAUAUGAGACGCAGACGCCGAAGGGAAGCAGCCCAUCACAUGUAUCAGACGUUGUGUGA